AUGGAAUGGACGAAGCACACUGGCAAUGCCUCCAACACCAAGAAGUCCUUUAGUGUGACGGUAAACAUCAACUCGUUGGAUAAUGUGAAGCAACUGAGUCAAUCUUUACCUCAUGAAGAUCGAAGACUCUUCACCAGGAAAUAUGGAGCAAUUCUAGACUUGUUAGUCAUACCAGUUGAGACCUCUGCUUUGUGUGUCUUGGCCCAGUAUUGGAAUUCGUCUUUGAGAUCUUUUGAGCUACCAAACUUGGAUAUCACACCUACUAUUGAAGAAUUUGCUUGCAUGAUAGGGUUGCCAAUGGAAAAAGAGAGCACUGUGUACUUUCCUCCGGAGCAUUGUAUUUCUGCAACAAAAGUGGCAAGACAAUUUGGAGAGUUGUUGGGUUUGCAAAGUAGCCAAAUCAAACUGGUAGGGCAUGCAGAUUCACAAGGGUUAACAAGAGCUUUCAUGGAAAACUACUUAAAGGAACUAGAGCAGCGACGAGAGUGGGUUACCUUUUCAAGAGUGUUAGCACUCACGAUUUAUGGAUUGGUAUUGUUUUCGUCAGCUUUGGAUAUGGUGGAUCAAGCAGCAAUGAGAGUGUUCUUCACAGUUGAAACCAAGAAGAUAAACCCAAUGCUCGCUGUUUUGGCUGAAACAUUCCUGACGUUGGAUUUCUGUCAAAAGAAACAAAAAGGGGGUAAACUCCGAUGUUGUGCCCAACUUCUAUAUGUGUGGAUCAUUACACACAUGUAUGCUGGAAACCAUAUUAAUAGUUCAUCAGACCCAUUGCGAAGCUUUCAUAGAAUCCCAGUAAAUCACCGCGAUGAGAAAGAAUGGAAGAUUGAGUUUGAUAGUGUAGAAGGGAAGACAUUCAAGUGGAUAUGUCCUUGGUUCGAAACUAGACGAGGAGAUAUCAUUUACAGUUGCGGAGAAUUCCUUAAUGUACCACUCAUAGGCCUAAGAGGAUGUAUAACAUACACACCUGCUGUAGUUCUUAAACAACUCGGCUGGACACAAAAACAGCCGCGGGAGGAGCAACUUGGAGGGUAUUGUUUUUCUUAUAAGGAUGAUGAUGAUACUAAGGCCUUAUCAAGAGAAAUAAAGAAGGCAUGGGGUGAUGUUCGAAUGGCAGGAAGAUUAGAGUUGGGGAAACGAGAAGCGAGAAGGACGUCUAACAAUACCCUGAAAGCUCCUGCAAGAGGAAAGGAUUCACCUCAGUCAACCCCCCAAAUGGUCGAACAACUAGAGCUUAUGAGAGCACAAAUUCCCUUUUUGGUUGAACAAAAGAAGAAAGCAGAAUUAUAA